AAAUGGCUCAUAAAAUGACGGGUUGAUAUUUGUUUUUAAUUCCUUUCUCUUAUAGUGUAAAAUCGAUUGCAAUACACCACCAUGGAUUACAAAUUUGAGAUAGUUUGUAUUCUUCUUCUACAAACAAUGAUAAUGACAAGCCAAGAUGUGGCGAAGGUCAUUUGUGAGAAUGAGAAAUCAACCAUAGAUUGCAAAGGCCGGGAAAUCGUUGUAGUCAAUGCUUACUUCGGUCGUAGAGAUAGCACUACUUGCCUAAAGGCAGGAUGGAAAAACGAAAACUGUGAAUCAGGAGCAAAAUCAGCCGUCACACAAAAAUGUUUCCGCAGGCAAAGUUGCGAACUUGAGGCUAAAAGUUCUACUUUUGGGAAUGAGUGUACUAAUACGGCAAAUUACCUGAAUGUUACGUACAGAUGCAAAGAUUACCCUACAAAGUUAGUUCUUUGUCAGAAUUAUGAAGCAAAACUUAUUUGUCCUCAAAACCAGGACAUAUAUAUUACUAAAGGAUUUUUCGGACGAAGUAAUAAAGUCACAUGUUUCGUCGGUAAUGUCGGAAAUACAAAAUGCAGUGCCUCUGGCGUUGAAGAGAAGUUAAGAACACUAUGUGAUGGUAAAAGAGAAUGCUCAUUGUCCGCAGACAAUAACAAGUUUGGUAAUCCUUGCCCGGGAUUUACAAAGUAUUUAGAGCUGCAAUAUAAAUGUGUUUCGAUAAAACCGGCAUCAUCACCAGCAAUAGUAAAUAAAGACAAGCCUCGUUGGAAAGCGCUUACACUAUGUCAGAGCGAAGACCAUAAACUGCGUUGUUACAAGAGGUAUGGUAGAGUAAUCGAGGUAGUAAAGGUUAUGCAUGGGAAGACUAAUCUGGGAACUUGCGCAAAAGGAAGCAAAGCAACAUGUGAAUCUGUAUUAUCCAUACUUAGAAGACAAUGUGACGAUACACAUAUAUGUUCUAUUCAGCCUUCCAGUUUUGGUUUAGUUGACCUCUGUCACGAUAAAUCGAGAUAUUUGAAGAUAACAUAUAAGUGUAAGAUAGGAUGUUCCCGUUCUCAAUUUAAAUGCAGAUCAGAUAGAUCUUGUAUAUCAGAAUCCUCUAAAUGUAACGGUAAAAAGGAAUGUUCAGAUGGUAGUGACGAAGACAAUUGCUUCUUAACAACAACAACACCACCAAAACCACCACAAUCAAAUAUGCCAGCAGAUAACGAUGGAGACGUGAUGAAUAUUCAUAUAUGCAUAGACGACGAUCCCACGUUAAAAUGUGACAAAGCAAAACACACAGUCAUCGAUGUGACACAAGCAACAUAUGGGAGGAAUAGUGUGAGAACAUGUCCAAUGGGAAACAUCGGAACAACAUCAUGUGGUCCAGUAAAUAUUCUUGCUGAUGUUAAAACAGAAUGUAAUGGAAAACAAUCAUGCAGCAUAUAUGCACCAACCAAAGAUCCUUGUAAGGGAACAACUAAAUAUUUCAGGAUACAAUACAGAUGUAUAAAACGUACUUAAAAUCUGUUGUAAAUAUAAAAUCCUUUGACUUUUUGUUGUCUCCGACUUAAUUAUGAAAGGGUUAUCUACUUUUCAAUACUAUAUAUUGAUAUAGACGUUAUCAAGGUAGAAUAUAAACUAAAAGGAAUAUGAAAAGUUAAGGAGACAUCAUUCACAAUAAGAUGAAAAGCACAUGUUAUAAUUGUCCUAUGAAUAUAACAUUAUAUUAAACUAAUUAUUUCGAA